AAUCACGUGGAGAGUAAUAAUAUAUUUCUUCUAACCUUUUUUUAUCAAUUAUAUUUUUUGUUACAAAAUUUUUAUGUAAUUUAAUGAAAAAAAUAAUAAAAAAAAGUAUAAAUUAUUAAAUAUGAGUCACACUUUAAAAAGUAAUUCUGUAAUUAUUUCAACAUCUUCAUCUGGUUAUCCUAAAUGGAGACAAUCGCCAAUUGAUUUAAAUUGUGUCAAUGUUUGGCAACGAAAAUUUCCGCCCUUACUUUUAAGUGGACAUUGGAAAAAUGAAGGGACGGCAAUUAUCAAAAAUACGGGAGAAACUGUGCAAGUGGAACUACAUGAUAGAACAGUUCCAAUGAUUAGUGGAGGCCCAUUGAAUGAUUAUUAUGAAUUUUUGUAUUUACAAUUUCGUUGGGGUGAAAAUAAUUCUUAUGGUGCAGAACAUUCUAUAGAUAAUACAUGGUACUCGAUGGAAGCUCAAGCUAUUCACUGGAAUCCUCGAUAUGAAACUUUAGAAAAGUGUUAUGAAAAUUCUGAUGGAAUAGCUAUCAUUUCAUACCUUUUCCUGGUAUCAGGUUGCGAUGGAAUAGCAGAUAAUCCAGAAUUUAAAAAUAUUACUAACUCUUUAUCGAGUAUCAAUAACGUUGGAAAAUCUGUAAAUAUUUCACCAGAUUCUUUGAAAUGGAUGACAAAUUGCUUUUAUCAUCCAGGUUAUUACACAUACGAAGGAUCAUUAACAAGUUUUCCUUACAGCCAAUGUGUCACUUGGAUUGUAAUUCCAAGACCUUGUAAAAUUUCAUCAAAUCAGAUGGAAAAGUUUAGAAGAAUACGCGAUAAAAAUUAUAAACCAAUUUUAAAUAAUUAUAGAACACAACAACCUAUACGUGGUAGACAAAUUUUUUAUGCAAAUGAAAUUGCUUUCAGUUGAUUUUAUUAAUUUUACAAACAAAUUUUA